UUUUUACUCUUCAUGAUGACCCGUGAGGCCGACAUCCCUGAUGAGACAGCAACACCACUUUCACUUCCGACCUCCAACUUGUGACGCAAAUGGAACACAGGAUGAGUUUUACACACUGGCCCUUUAAAGUGCAGAAAACAGCAACACAUACUCAUAAUGUACUCAAUAAUGUGUGAGUGACAGUGAUUGUGGUGGAUAUUUGCAUGAUUAUGAUGAUGAUGGUGGUGGUGGUGUAGUGGAAAUGCUGACAGCGGCUGUAGUUGAUUUUCUCCACAGCCAAUCAGCAGUCAGACUGGAUGCAGCUUUAACCUCCCACCCCCACUCCCCUGGAUGACGCAGGUAGCCGUGGUAUGUGUUCAUGCUGCUGCUUAACUGAUGUCUGUGGACGGCAGCGUCAAGCAUCAGCAGCAGUAUCAGCAGCAGCAGCUGAUGAUGAUGGAGACAGAGACGAGGAUGGAGCUGCUACAGUAGAGAAGAAGAAGGAUGAUGAUGGUGAUGAUGAUGAUGAUGCUGCAGAUGAUGCUGCAGCUGCCGUGGUGAGAGACCACAGGUGGAGGAGUCGUGUUUCACUACGUGUCCGCUGCGGCGUCACCUGCCGUGGAUGAUUUUUCUCAUGGGUUGCGGAGGGAGUCGGGCGGACGUGAUCGUCGAGCCGAGGUAUCAUGAAAGCUGGACCAGGGAGACGGAAUCGACGUGGCUCACCAACACGGACGUGGAGACGCCUCUGCCAGUGGCCAACAGUAAAGCUCUGGAGUCCAGUCUGAGAGAGAAGAGGACGGUGACCACAGGCACUCAGUGUGGGAAGCAAAGCCUCACCUCCACCGGCUCCAACCACCAGAGGAGGUCCAGACGCUCGCUGACUGAUCAAACAGCUCGUGACUCCAAAAGGCGGGCAUCAAAGGAGGCCGGCGUUCCAACGCCUAAGGACGGCCAGUCGGUCAACAUCAGCGGCGGUGAAGACGCUGAAGCGGGCAAAGUGUGCGACGAAAGAUGAGGAAAAGCCAAGAACCUGUGAAGCAGAAGAUGGCCAAUGCUGUUAGCAAUUCACCACAAGAUGGGGGUGGUGACUUAAAGACGUGUGUGGGUGACAUUUGUGUGUGAUUCUUGGCUGUCGCUCUCGGUGAUUUACAAGCACCUGCAUACGUCUCCAUCCAAAGAUCUCGGGAUGCUGCAUCCUCGCUGUGCCAUUGUAAAUGCUUGCAUGAAGCCGGGAGUGGCUCACGGUCUGUGUUCACACUCUCCACCAUGCUUGUGUCCCACGCUUGCGGUGCUGGUCGGGAAUGUGUCACUGUGUAACGCCAGUUUGAGAGAAAGCCACACUGGACGGUUCCAUGUGCAUAUGAUAAUCACAGUCGACACAUCUAAGUGGGGCCUUCCUUAAGAGUUAGCUUCUGUUCUUUGUGCUUUUGUGUACUUUUCUUUGUUGUGAAUGUGGGGCGUCGACGAGAAUGGUGUUUCACCUCGGUCAAUGCUGUAGAUGAUUUUCAUUUAGUGUAACCUGAAGUGCUGUUUAGAAACGGAGAUUUGGAGGUUGGAAAGCUUGAAGGCUUAAGACUCUUUUUUACAACCUUUGCAAGAUAAAGAAACAAACACACCCGCAUGUGCCUACAAAAUCAUUUACAUUUGAAGUGCUCCUGUGUUCACUCUGAGAGUUUAUUUUUUAACAUUGUUGAAUGUUGUAUUUUCCAGUUCUCUAACAUCUUUUUUCUUUUUAAAUAUGUAUGUUGAAUGACUGUGUGAGUUAUUAUUUACCACAGUGUACUUUCAAUGAGUGUCAUUUGUGUGGCUUAUACUGAUCUGCAUGUAUAAAUCAAACAAAAUGAUGACAAUAGUCUCUGCACAAAUAUUAUCAGAGGCAAGAAGUUUGGAAAAAGAACGGUCAACAGCAGAUGGUGCUGUUGACCGUCUUACUAACUGAAAACUCCCAGGACAACAACUAUUGAUUUUCAUAAUAGCUCUCUCUUCAUUUCUGCUCUGCUGUUGCUUCACUAAGAUAAUGAAAGGCCAACUUUGUUUAGUUUUUUAAAUGUCGAACCAAAUUUUGAAUUAAACGUACACGAUUUCUGUUUAUAUCACGUAGUGAAAGCAAAACAAAGUGAAUUUCUCAUUUGCUAUAGCCAAAGGUUAUUUAGAAUCAACUAUGGAUGUGUUAACAUAUAGUUAAGCACAUUAAAGUUGUUUUUUUUUUCCCCAAUUUUCCUCAUUCAAACUCACAUGAUUAUUAUAAUUUAAUUUAUUUGCUUAUGGUAAUCAUCUUAAAAGGCCCUAUGAAAAAAAAGAAAGAAAAGGUAUGUAUAUAAGACUAAACAUGAAAUGGCAAAAAAUAGACUAUUUUUUCCAUGAAAUAAAACACAUCACCCAACAUUA